AUGGUGUUAGAAACGCAAAAGCAACAGUUUGCUAAGCUUUGGGACUAUGAGGCAGAGUUAAUUAGGUCCAACAAUGGGAUUACAACAUAUAUUGUGACUAUUGAAAAAGAAGGCAGACAAGUCUUUGAAAGCUUCUACAUAUGUUUUGAGCCGUUAAGAAGAACUUGGAAGCAGUGUUGUCGGCCUAUAAUUGGCCUUGAUGGAGCAUUCUUGAAAUGGGAAUUGAAAGGAGAGAUACUAUCGGCAGUUGGUAAAGAUGGAGAAAACAGAAUCUAUCCUAUAGCAUGGGCUGUCGUCAGAGAGCAUAGGAAUUGUGCGAAGAAUGUGUAUGCUAACUGGAAAAAUAAGUAUGGAGAUCUAGACUACAAACCCUACUUCCGGAAUGUGGCGUAUAGCAAAACAGUGGGAGAGUAUGACCUUCACAUAGCUGAACUCAAAGCAUUUGACUCCAAGGCUCAUGAUGAUCUGUUGGCUGUUGAUCCCAACACUUGGUGUCUUGCUUUCUUCACUGGAAAUGCGAGAUCUGCGCAUGUUUGUAACAGUUUAUCAGAAAGUUUCAACAAGACUAUAAAGGGUGCAAGAGAACUGCCUUUGAUUAACAUGUUGGAAGCAAUUAGAAAACAGGCUAUGACGCGUAUCUCUCGCAGAUUCAACAUAGCUAGAGCCUGCAUACUUCCUUUCCCCAAGAAGGUUGGAGAUGUAUUGGAAGCUCAUAGAAAAGAGAGCAGAUAUUGUAUUAUACGUAUAAGUUCAGACAACUUGUUUGAAGUGGAGCUAUACGGUUGUUCAUGUGAGGUCUCUAUUCGUUUGCGAAAUUGUGCAUGUAGAGGUUGGGACCUCACAUGGAUUCCUUGCUCUCACUCAAUAGCAGUUAUCAAUGACCGUCACCAACAGCCAGAGAGCCAUGUAGAUGACUACUACAAGACUACAGUUUGGAGGCAGACUUAUGAAUCCAAUAUAAAACCAGUUAAUGGAGAGUUAUAUUGGGCAAAAACUGGCAAAGAACCUAUUGGAGUUCCAGGAUCCAGAAAGAUGCCAGGAAGACCUAAGAAGAAGAGGAUAAAGGCAGCACACGAGUCUCCUUCGAAACCCAACAGAGUGACACGAGGUAGCAGGAACAUGACGUGUAGCAACUGUAAGCAGGGUGGACAUAAUCGUGGGACUUGUAAGAAUGAAGCCUAUGUGUUCCAAGGUCCACCACGCAAAAGAGGAAGACCUCGAAAAGUACCUGAUAAUGGAAAUCCAAAUCCGCCAAAGAGACGUAAGACAAGUCUUUCUCAACCUUCCAAUCGACCAGUUACACCUAACCUAUCCCAAUCUUACAAUGCACCUUCAUCUACUGCACCUCAGCCAGCAACACUGUCACAAGCUCAGUCUCAACCAACAUCAUCUACGUGGCUCCUGGUCGUGGGCAUGGACGGGGUCGUCGUGGUCGACCUCCUGGAAGAGGACAAGCCCGAAAGGUGGUUGUGCCAAGAGGCCAAGGCGUUUACAUGUGCCCCUUCUCGGAUCGAGUGUUCGAAUGCUUUGGUUCUACUUCAAGAGAGAUAG